GAGGAGGCCAUGGCAGAAAUAAGGGGCCCAGUCCCGCAGGGUUCAAAGGGGGCGAGCCAGGCCUCCAGACACUUCCCCCUCCCGCCCAGAAGGGGGCGUGGCCGGAAGGAGAACCCCGACCCAGUAGCAGCAGCAGAGUCGCAGGGUGAAGACGUAGGUGUUGUUGUUCUACUAGCUACUUCCGCCUCUUCCUUCCGGGUGCCACGCGGGAAACCAUACAGAGGCAACCAAAGACCCCUUAUCUCUUGAGGGGAGUAGAUCAUUACCCUUCCCCUCCUCUUUGUCUUGCGUAGCCUUUGCCUCGUGAUAUCGUUAGGUGGAGAAGGGAAGAGUUCUUCUGUCCUGAUGGAGCCCAGAGCGAAAAUGGAGAAACCACGCCAGCCCAGCCCUGAAGGAGGAAGAGAGCCCUGCCAAACCUGGGGCAAGAAAUGUGUUUGGUUCCCGAGCGCAAUGGGCAAGGACGCCCGGAGUGAAAACAUCUUCAUCACAUACCUUCAGGCCCAACGCUUCCGGCGCUUCCGCUUCCCGAAGGGCUUGAGGCCCCGAGAGAUUUGCAGCCGCCUCCACUCUCUCUGCCGCCUGUGGCUGAAGCCUGAGGAACAUACAAAGGCGGAGAUUCUGGACCUGGUAAUCCUGGAGCAGUUCRUGGCUGUCCUUCCUGUGGAGAUGGGGUGCUGGGUGAGGGAAUGUGGGGCAGAGACCACUUCCCAGGCCGUGGCCUUGGCUGAAGGCUUCCUCCUGAGUCAGGCCGAAGAGUGGAAGGCACUCCAGGAAGAGUGGCAGGUGAGAUGGUUGCAUCGGGCCCAGAAYGCCCCACCAGGCAGCACCAACCAGGGCUUCCCUUCUGGGCGGAUCAUGCUGGAGAAGGGCACAGGAGAGUCUCCACCAGGAGAUGAGCCAAGAGUGCUGGGAAAACGUGGCAGCUCCACUCUUUCUAAUGCAGGAGAAGUGGCAUCCAUUCAGCAAGAUCAGGUGAUAUUUGAGGAUGUGGCUGUACAUUUCAGUGUGGAGGAGUGGGCCUUACUGGAUCCAGAUCAAUGGGCCCUGCAUGGGGAAGUCAUGGAAGAAAAUUAUAGGAUGGUGGCUUCUCUGGGUGGCGAUGGACAAGGGAGUGACGAUGGGGGAACUCGAAGUAAAAUGUGGAUGAAAACAGCAAGAAGUAAAAAGGAAGAAGAAAGAAGCCCAAGAAUGGAAUCGGAAGGAUAUAACAGGAACCGGUGCCCUGUUGACAGCAGGGAAAUCACAAUCCAAGAGACAACAGACGCAAGCGGGGAGAUUGGAAAGAGCCCUGUCUUUGAGAAUAGCUUCUUCCAAGAGGCAUCUAAUACAAAUCCUACACACAGUGAAAAAUACCAAAUUAUGGACAAGUCAUAUAAAUGCCUGGAGUGUGGAAAAUGCUAUCCUCUAAAAGGAAUCCUCAACGCACACCAAAAAACCCACACAGGAGAGAAGCCAUUUAAAUGCCUGGAGUGUGGAAAAUGUUUCUUUCAGAAAGGACACCUCAAGACACAUGAAAGAACCCACACAGGAGAGGCCAUAUAAAUGCAUGAAGUGUGGAAAAAGUUUCUUUCAUAAAGAACACCUCAAGAAACAUGAAAGAACCCACACAGGAGAGAAGCCAUAUAAAUGCCUAGAGUGUGGGAAAGGUUUUGUUUCAAAUAGCAGUCUCGUUAGGCAUGAAAUGAAUCACAGAGAGGAGAAACCCUAUAAAUGCCAGGAGUGUGGAAAAGGUUAUUCUGAUAAGAGAAGUCUUAUUGGACAUGAAAUUGAACACAGAGGAGAGA